AUGGCAGAUAAUAGUAUAUUCCUCAUCAUCUUCCUCACUUUAACUUGGUAUCUUUUAAUCCGUCCUUGUUACUCAGAAACAGAUACCUUACAACAAGGUCAAGAGCUCAAGGACUGGGACUAUUUGAUUUCAUCAAACAAGGUGUUCACUUUGAAGUUCUUUAGCUUUGACACUAGCAUAAGCCCUUAUUUAGGGGUAUUCUACAACCCCCGAAGAAGCAAAAUUUAUGGUAGAUAUGAUGACUUGUACAACAAGAAUCCAAAAACCAUUCGUUGCACUGGGUGUUGUGCUGGAUUUGAUGAUAUAUAUGAUCUGAAAGAUAGGGCAGUUUGGGUAACUAACAGGAAUAAUCCUAUCACAGAUAUGUAUGGAAAGCUCAUGAUAGAUGUCUAUGGCAAGCUGUGCAUUUUAUCAAGUGGAGUCAGUGUAGUUGAUCUCGUUAGUCCUACUCCAGUAGCACGCAACGCAAGUGGUACCCUGUUGGAUAAUGGAAAUUUCAUAUUGCAAGAACUAUAUCCAGAUGGGAUAUAG